CUACCAAUAAUUAUUAACCUACCACUCGCUGCUUGCUACUGUUCUAUGACACCUUGCUCCACUCCCUCUCUCCCUCUCUCCUCCACCACCACCACCACCACCACCACCACGUUGCCACACACACACACAAGCACAAUGAAUUGUCCUCCAGAAUACCCCUUUCAAAGCUACUCCUACUUGACUCAACCCUUCUUCCCAACCACGGCACAACUCCCCUGCCCACCGUACCCAUCACCCCAGCAUUCACCGCUCUCCCCACAGCUGGAGCAAAAGUACUUCCACCACCACCACCCAACCACCUUCGCACUGGACCCAUUCCUCUCCUCUCCCCCUCCACCCCCUCCUCCCGCUCCAGCGCUCCAGGAACCCAUGUCCCCGACACUCCCCGCAAUCAAGCAGGAAUCGGUCCCCGAACCGUCCCCGGAACCCACCACCGCUACAACUACCGCCGCCGCCGCCGCCGCUACCGCCCCCGCAAUGAAACGUCCCCGCCAGCGUGGACCCCCGACGAAGCAUUCCGACACCACGAGCCGAUAUUUAAUAAGUCAGGACAACGACCGCCUCUACAAGCUUAGGGAGGAACAGGGCAAGACUUGGCAGGAGAUAGCAGAGGUCUUCAAGAAGGAGGGGAGGGGAAAUCUCACGACGAACGUCAUUCGUGUAAGAUUCUACCGACUGAAGGAUAAAGCUGCUGCGUGGGGCGAUGACGAGAUUGAGAGAUUGAAAGCUGCGAUCGCGGACGUUGACAGGAGGAAGUGGGAAUUUGUGAGUGCGAAGAUGGCAGAAUUGGGAGGCCCUGAUGCGCGGAGGUUUGCCGCUGCUGCAUGCGAGAGGAAGGCGAAGGAGAUUUAGUUUUUUUAUCACUGGAAGUAAAAAAAAAAAAAAAAAAAAAGAGGGGCAAAAUCAUAAUUUAUUAUCAAGGUGUUUUGGGUGUGAUGUUUCCGUUUCUGAUUUAUUCUUGGGUUUUGUUUAUAUCUUGGGAAGUGCCAACGCUGGCAUAACUUACGGUGCGAGUGUGAGUCUGGUUUGUUUUGUUUCCCCUUCGUUCAGCAGAGAUUCCUUAGCCUCCGCGGUUUCCUUCCCUCUUUCCCAUCUCAUUCAUCGGUCUCUUCCUUCUUUCUCCCUCUCCAUUUUUAUUUUUAUUUUCCUUUUAUUUAUGCGGCGUUUCAGGGUGGCUUUUUCUCCUUUUUCCUUCUCCGGUCUUU